ACAAAAUAAGAGAGUGUAUGAUAAAACAAAAACCCCAAAUUAUUAGUAACUAAAGAAGUAUUUGCUCUUCCUCAUAGAGAAGUUCAGGCCAGGCCUUUUUUCCUCUUCAGGAUAAAGAUGGUUUCCUCCAAAACACGAAACAAACUUAUCCAUCAAGCCACUUGUUUCUGUCUGUUAGCAAUCUUGAUUCAUCCAACAACCUCCAGUGAUCUGUUUCGUGUUGGUCUGAAGAAGAGACGGCUUGAGCUCGAUGAUAUACGAGCCAGCAGAGUUAUCAGAAAGCUGAAAUAUUCACAACAUCCCUCAGAUUACCAGUCUUUUGCUGUUGUAGGAGGUGAUUCUAGUGAACAAAACCUGGUGAUUCUUAAAAACUUCUUGGAUGCUCAAUACUACGGAGUUAUUGGAAUUGGAACGCCUUCGCAGGAAUUUGAAGUUAUAUUCGAUACUGGAAGUUCCAAUCUCUGGGUUCCAUCUUCAAAAUGCUACUUCUCUCUGGCUUGUUAUCUCCAUCCCAAGUACAAGUCAACGAAAUCCAAAACAUACACCAAGAAUGGAAAGAUGUGUAAAAUAACUUAUGGGUCGGGGUCGAUCUCUGGCUUCUUUAGUGAGGACAAUGUGAAAGUUGGUGAUCUUGUAGUUAAGAAUCAGGAGUUUAUCGAAGCUACAAGCGAAGGGAGUCUUUCUUUUCUCCUUGGAAAGUUUGAUGGUCUACUCGGGUUAGGAUUUCAGGAGAUAUCAGUCGGAAAUGCCGUACCAGUUUGGUACAACAUGGUGGAUCAAGGACUAGUGAAGGAGAAAGUUUUCUCAUUCUGGCUAAACCGUGAUACCAAAGCUGAAGUUGGAGGUGAGAUUGUGUUUGGCGGUGUUGAUCCGGCCCACUUCAAAGGCAACCACACCUAUGUCCCUGUCACUAGAAAAGGCUAUUGGCAGUUUAACAUGGGCGAUAUCUUAGUCGGUAACAACUCAACUGGUUUUUGUGAGCAAGGUUGUGCUGCAAUUAUGGACUCAGGAACUUCACUACUUGCUGGACCAACUACUGUUAUCACGCAAAUUAACCACGCUAUUGGCGCUGAGGGCAUCGUAAGCGCGGAAUGCAAGGGUGUUGUCUCUCAAUACGGAGAAAUGAUAUGGGAUCUUUUAGUAUCAAAGGGGCUACCUCGUCAAGUGUGUAAAGAGCUCGGUCUCUGCGUUUUCGGACAAGAGACGGGAAUAAAAACAGUGGUGGAGAAAGAGAGAUCAUCACUUCUAUGUGAAGUUUGUGAGAUGGCUGUUGUUUGGGUUCAAACAAAACUGAAACUGAAUGAAACCAAAGAGAAAGCGUUUGAAUACGUAAACCAGCUUUGUGAGAGCCUUCCAAGUCCCGCAGGUGAAUCAAUUAUUGACUGCAAGAACAUCGAAAACAUGCCAAAUGUUACAUUCACAAUUGGAGGCAACCCCUUCUCUCUUACACCUCAACAAUACAUUCUCAAAACUGGAGUAGGCUAUGCUGAGAUGUGCAUAAGCGGGUUUUCGGCUUACGAUUUGCCUCCACCGACUGGUCCUCUCUGGAUUAUUGGGGAUGUCUUUAUGGGAGCCUACCACACCGUAUUUGAUUCAGAAAAUCUUCAAAUCGGAAUCGCCGAAGCUACAUAAACUUAUGUACACCUGUUUCUCUAUGUAUGGUUAUCCGCAUAUAUAAGUAUGUUAUGUAUCAAUGACUCCAUGUAAUAAUCUCUAUCAGAACUUUUAAGAUAAUAUAGUUACGUACGUUCCUAUAA